AUGGCUACGUGCAUACCUUCUUUUUGCAUACAUCAGUGUUUCUGUCAAUUUUUUUAUAAUAGAGUCCUCUUAUUUCCCCGACUUACCUACUCUUCAUUCCAAUACUCUAUAUGUGUUAAAAUCUCAUCAACGCAGACUCUGCGUCUGCUUGCAUAUUCCAUUAUCUUUCUUUAUCUCAUUGGCCUUCAGUCGUCGGUGCGAGCUUUCGACGGUCUUGUUCAGCUUGACCUCACUCGUCAACAUGCCGCUCUUCUUCUCAAUGGCCAGCCUUUGGUCCGCCUUUCCACAGCUGCAGGCUCCACUACUCCGGCCGAGACCUCAACCCCCCCCGUCUGUGACCCUGGUUUUAUUUCGGGCAUUGUAAGUGGCCAAGUUGAUUCGAUUUUAUGCAAUGACGUCAUUCAAGCGACAUCUGACACCAUUGUUGGAAAUGUCGCUUGCGGAGCAGCCGGGCAUCCCGAUGGGGCGAGUAUGAUAAUAAGGUCUAGAUCAUCUUCUCCAUCUGUUUGCUGCUCCUCUCUUUCUCACGCUGUGUCUUCUACCUCAUUAUGUACCUCUGCCAGUGCCAUCGGGGCUAUCACCAAACCGACUGCUGCUUUAAGUAGUUCAACUAUUCAGUCAUUUGGAUGGGACCGGUGUCAACAGAACCAUCAUCUGAGGGCAACGCCGAAUCCUAUCCAAUCUCAAGAAAAGCAUCAGAUACUUAUGCAUCCGGCCGGGAUAGCUACUCCCUGGGCCAGCUUGACGGCAGGCCUUGACUUCAAUGGAGGGGUUUACACAUGUGUAGGCCCGGCAGGGGGUAUGGAAUCAGAUAAUGAAAGUUAG